GAGCGAAGGAGGGGUGUCUGUUUUUACGUCUGGUUGCGUAGGAAAGAUCAUGGCGGAUGGAGACUGAUAUCCCCCCCUUCUCUGCCAAAGCCCGGGAGAAAAAAUUGAAUAAGCUAAGGGAGUGGAGCUAUCGUAGUCCAUUUGCUUCUGUCCUACAACUGCACACUGUACAACUGCCCUGGAGAUGUACGCUACCUAUCUGCCGAGCAGCUGGUGACACUAAAGAGCUCCAUGGAAACCUAACACUGAAGCCGUUCCUUGUCUUCCCCAAAAAUUUGGUCAAUUGAAGGCCAGUACUCACUAUUUACAGGAGCAUAAGUCAUCAUCUGGUGGAGUUUACUCUACUAUUGUUUGACCCCCAGGUAGAGCUGCCUCUACAGCGUUACCUUUCUCCUGCAGUCAUGAGGAAACCUGGACAUCUCAGGGCAUCAGACUGGAAGGAUGGUAGGAGACAUGGCCGACCGGCGGACAUGCACACACAUCAAGGCCACUUCAGUUGGGAAAAAUAUCUGAAGGAGACUGGAUCUCAACCAGCCCCUCCUCACUGCUUCAGACAGUCAUGUUCUCCCCCAUCCAACGAUUACAAGAUUGGAAUGAAAUUGGAAGCUCAGGAUCCAAGGAAUACAACCUCCACUUGCAUCGCCUCUGUGGUAGGCCUCACAGGAGCAAGACUUAGACUGCGUCUUGAUGGAAGCGACAACAAAAAUGAUUUUUGGAGAUUGGUGGAUUCAUCAGAGAUCCAACCUAUUGGCACAUGUGAAAAGAGUGGGGGCAUGCUACAGCCUCCCCUAGGUUUUAGACUUAAUGCCUCCUCUUGGCCAAUGUUCCUUCUGAAGACACUAAAUGGAGCUGAGAUGGCACCAGCUAAAUCAUUCCACAAGGAACCGCCUUCUCCAACUCAGAACAACUUUGAGAUAGGAAUGAAGUUGGAGGCAGUAGACAGAAAAAAUCCCCAUUUUAUCUGCCCAGCGACCAUUGGGGAGGUGCGGGGCAGCGAGAUCCUUGUGACGUUUGAUGGAUGGAGAGGAGCUUUUGAUUAUUGGUGCCGAUAUGACUCCAGGGACAUCUUUCCAGUGGGUUGGUGCUCUCUGACUGGUGACAACCUUCAGCCUCCAGGCACUAAAGUAGCCAUUCCAAAAAGUCCAGCUCCUGCUGCAGGUAUUGCUUCUGGAAUCCUGCGAGGCCCUAAAACCUUGCUUCCUGGUAUGCCUGGGCGUAGACGUCGAAAGCCAGGGAGGAAGAAGGGACAGCUGCCUAAAGCUCUUGCACAUCAGUUGACAAGUCAACCACCUAAACUUUGUGAACCUUUCCGCUUUCCCAAGAAAAGAGGUCCCAAACCUGGUAGCAAGAGAAAGCCACGUCUUUUGCUGAACCAGGUUCCUACUUCCCCUACAAACAGUACCCCAGAACCAGAUACAAGCACUGUACCACAAGAUGCUGCCACCAUUCCAUGUGCUGCCAUGCAGGCACCCACAGUUUGCAUUUAUCUGAACAAGAAUGGAGACUCUGGUCCUCACCUUGACAGAAAGAAAGUUCAUCACCUUCCGGAUCAUUUUGGACCUGCGCGGGCAUCUGUUGUCCUACAGCAAGCAGUUCAAGCCUGCAUAGACUGUGCUUACCAUCAGAAAACAGUUUUUGGUUUCCUAAAGCAGGGUCAUGGUGGAGAAAUUAUAUCUGCGGUAUUUGAGAGGGAGCAGCAUACGCUGAACCUUCCAGCAGUAAACAGUAUUGGGUAUGUCCUUCGCUUUCUGGAGAAACUUUGUCGGAACCUGCGUAGUGACAACUUAUUUGGAAACCAGCCGUUCACUCAGAAUCCUGCACCACAGGCUGGAUCAUAUGAGAACGACCGGUAUUUAACAGAAAGGUGUCAUUUUGAGGGCAGUCUCCAUGGUCCUGGCAGAGGGUCCAAGAGAUACUCUCAAGAAAUACCUCCAUACAGUGCCCCCCUGUGUCCCAAAGUACCAAAGAAUGAUUGCCAUGCAUCAGAAGGAGAAACAUUCCUGAAUGAUGCUGGACUUCCAGGGUCAAUGGAGCAGCGCCUGGGUCCUGCAGAAUCUCCUAGUAGCCCAAACACAUGUAGAGUCUCAAAGGAAUAUCGGUCUUCUUCCUUUCGGAGUCACCACCAGCCCAGCAGUCUGUCCCAAGGAACUGUACGCCGGCUAAGCUCGGGUGAGUCUGAAAGGUGCACAAAUGGUCGGCAGGGAUCUCGUGACCCAUCUUUAUGGAACAUGGAAGAUGUUAUGCAGUUUAUCAGAGGAGCCGAUCCGCAGCUAGGAUCACAUGCAGAGCUCUUCCGUAAACACGAAAUUGAUGGAAAAGCCUUGCUCCUACUGAGAAGUGAUGUCAUGAUGAAAUAUAUGGGUCUGAAGUUGGGUCCUGCUCUAAAACUGUCUCACCACAUAGAUAAACUGAAGCAAGGGAAGUUCUGACCAAGUCAUCUUCUCCGGCUAUCACAGACCCUAUACAUUUUGAUGCAUUGGACUCUGCAUUGCUGUCUCAGCAACCUUGCAAAAAAUAAAAAAGCCACCAUGAGAGGAAUUUGACUCAGCCUUGAAGACCCCAUUCUGGGGGUCUUUGUAUGUUGCGGACAUCUGAAACGUUCUAUGAGAAGUUCCUCCAGUCUGUGAACUUGUUCUUGAUAUUUCACAAUAAGGGGAGAGGGAAGAUGAAGGCAUUACGUUUUGAUUGGGCUGUAGGUUAUCCUACUCCCUGAUGUACUUUGAAUUAAUCCAAACGAUACUUUUCUUAUCUUAUAUAGCACUGGCAGUGCACACAGCGCUGUACCUUGUAGAAUAAAAGAGGCACAAUGAAUUAUUGGCCACAAAAGCUUGCAAUCUGAUGAGUGGUUGGAGUUAAUUGGAAUCUGCUUAACAUAAUCUUGUACAUCGUGAACAUAAGGUGGCUUCCAAUUUCUAAUACCGGAGUUAUAUAUCAAUAAUAAAUCCAGCAACCUUGCCCAGGAUCUGCUCA